AUGGAAAAUGAAAGAAAAAGUAACAUUAUUCGUGUAGGAUCAAGGAAAAGUCAGCUUGCACUUAUACAAACUAAUCAUGUAAUUGAUUGCCUGAAGAAUGUGCAUCCAGAUAAAGAAUUUACACUGGUAUCAAUGACAACACUGGGUGACCGUGUCUUGGAUGUGUCACUUCCAAAAAUUGGGGAAAAAUCACUAUUCACUAAGGACUUAGAAGAUGCUUUGCACAACAAUACUGUGGACUUUGUUGUGCAUUCAUUAAAAGACUUACCUACAUCUCUACCUGAUGGUUUAGCAAUCGGGGCAGUUUUUGAGAGAGAAGACCCUAGGGAUGCUUUAGUGCUUCGUGAAGAUAUCAAGGCCACUUCUUUAGAAGAUUUGCCUGAGGGCUCUGUUAUUGGAACUUCGUCCCUUCGUCGCACCGCCCAAUUGCGAGGGAAAUAUCCACAGCUAAAAGUAAUAGACGUGAGGGGAAAUCUCAAUACUCGUUUAAAGAAAUUGGACGAUCCGGCUACAGAUUAUUCCGCUUUGUUGCUCGCAAGUGCUGGGUUGCAGAGGAUGGGAUGGGCUAACCGAAUAUCGAAGUAUUUACCAUGUUCGGACAUGAUGUACGCUGUGGGGCAAGGGGCGUUAGCAAUUGAAUGUCGGUCGGAUAGUGAAGAAAUUUUGAAAAUGUUAGCGCCAUUUAACCACCCUGAAACCUACUGUAGAAUACUGGCUGAGAGGAGUUUUUUAAAAACCUUAGGUGGUGGUUGCAGCGCCCCAGUUGGAGUGUCUACUAAAUUAAAAAAGUUAGAUACAAAUUAUCAACUCACAAUAACAGGUGGCGUGUGGAGUCUUGAUGGAGCAACCAAAAUAAGUCAUACCCUCGAACAAACAUUUGAACAGAUAAACAUAUUGGAACAGAUUAAAAAUAAACCCAAACACAAACUAAGUCCCACAGAUGACGGUUCAACAAAAAAAAUUAAAAUUGUUGAUACAAGUGAUAAUAAUGUGAAUCCAUUAGCGGAACUAGAUGAAAUAAUUAAGACUGACAAUGCAAACUGUGAGGAAUUAAGAAGUGAUGAAGAGAUAGAGGCAUUGAAGAAGAUAUUCUGUGGUUUAAAAGCAAAUCGGAAUGUUCCGGUUGAUGUUAUUCAAAAAUGCGAUGAUUUAGGUCGUGAUUUAGCUAAUUUGUUGAUUGAAAAGGGUGCUCUAGAUGUCAUGAAAGUGACUCAAGAUCUAAUACGAUCUUCAGUUGUCAAGUCUUGA